CUUUCUUCCAGGAUCCGGUUCCUUCGGAUAUGCCAACGUUCCAGGCCUUUUUUAUUGAUCUCCUACUGAGACCCAUGUUGGCUGAGUAGACUCUGGCAAAGUCAAGACCAGACACUAUGGUUUACAAGUUCUAUCCCAUCACUGGAAUAGCCGCUGGAAAGGGGCCUAACGGCGAGGUUCCUCUUCGACAGGACAUCGAGGUGUGGAGCUCAAAGCCUGAGAACCGGACACAGGUGGUUCUAUUUCUCAAGGCAUUGAAGCGUUUGCAAGAUGUGCCGCCCGAGAAUCGCGAUUCGUUCUUUCAAAUAGCAGGUAUCCAUGGCAUGCCAUUCACUUCAUGGGAUGAGCCCUUCGAGACCGAAGAGAAUAUCGGUGUCAAGGGGUACUGUACCCAUGCCAACACUCUCUUCCCAUCAUGGCAUCGGCCUUAUUUGCUUCUAUACGAGCAACAAAUAUACGAGGUCAUGAUAAACCAGAUCAUACCGGGCUACCCAGAGGAGCAUCGAGAGGCCUUGCGCACUGCUGCGGACACCUGGCGACUCCCAUACUGGGACUGGGCUGUCCACCCUAGAGUCCCCUGGUUGGCGUCCGAACCUGAGCUUCAGCUAUCGCUGUUUGACGAGCUGGAGACUCUACAGAAUCCACUGUACCAGUUUCGCAUGCCGGACGGAAAGCCGAUGGAGGCGCACAAGGUUGGCGAUGUUAAGGCCUUGGGCGAGGAUACGGUCUACUCGUACGGUAAAUGCAUCGCUACCAGCCGGUGUCCGACAGAGGAACAGUCACAGGCCGACAGCAAGGACUGGAUCCAGGGGGUCGUCAAUAAUGAGGAGGUAGAAAAGCUCUUGAGCCAGCAUAGCGCAGUGGAUGGGAACAAUUACGGGGCUGCAGCAGAAUUGGUCUACCGACUGCUCACAUACCCUAUUGACUACAAGGAAUUCGCGACCACGGCUGUUGAAAAGGACAGCCCAAAGGUCUCUGCCGAUGUGAAUAUCGAGUUCAUCCAUAACAACAUCCACUGGUGGGCAGGGGGUGAAGGUGGCCAUAUGUCCCAGAUCCCCGUCGCGACGUUCGACCCAAUCUUCUGGCUUCACCAUUGCAAUAUCGAUCGUAUAUUCGCCAUCUGGCAGGAACUGAACCCUGACAAAUUCUUCACUGAUGGAUAUCGAGGCGACUUUGACCAAAAGGUAAUCGGGCUGCCAGAAACAGUGACGCCAACAACACCUCUGCGGCCAUUCCACAAAGACGAAGAAGGGAACUACUGGACUUCUCAGGAAGUUCGAGACUUCCGAGCCCUAGGGUACAACUAUCCCGAUCUAGACUCCGUGAAGCCGGAUUCCGUAGCAGGUUUUAAUGCCGACGCCUACAAGACAAAGCUACUGGAGCAAAUCACCUUGAAGUACGGUGUUUCUCGGCUUGAAGCACUGACCCAGCUGGAGCUAUCCAAGGCUGGAGUUGGCAAGCCGCUCCCUGAGGGAAUGCGCGAGGUUGAUGGAGGCAUCGCCAGUAACGACUUGGCUAUCAGUAUUCGCUAUUCCAAGUUCGCCUUUGGCGGUCGUGCUUUUAAUAUCGAGAUAUAUCUGGAGCCUGCUGAUGGCAGUGGACGCCACUUUACUGCAGCUGAAUAUGUGACCAAUGUGUAUAACUUCAGCACUCCUGCCACCAGAGACGGGCAGGAGGUCUGCAGUAACUGCACUGACCUCGAGGCGCGAGAUGUCAGACUCACUGCGUACGUCCCCAUAACGCCGAUUCUGAAUCGCCUUAUCUUAGAGCAGCGACUGUCUUCUCUCAAGAAGGACGAUGUCGAGGCUAUACUAAAGCGCCUCUACUGGCGGGUCACAAUGGCCCGCAAACCUGUCCCAGAAGACCAGUGGGGACAGUUGAACCUUCAGAUCCUUGUUUCGAUGGCCGAGAUGUCGCACAGUAAGAACCCAGAGACGCCUUCAAAGACCGAAACCGAGCCAGAGGUGCUCCCAGAUGUCGGACAGCCAGAGCCUCCACGGCCCAUAGAGCCACCCAAACCACCAAACCCUAUUCUGCUUGUUGGAGAGACCUUGAAGCUCAACCAGGCCGUCACAGCCGGGCACUCCAUCACCGUUCAGUCUCCCGUAUUCGAUAUGACGGCUCCCUUGAGGCGAGACAGGAAUCGCAUCGCGUUCAUUAGCUAUGACGACAGCAGCGAGGAAAUAGACGACGACAAUUUCGACGCCGUCGUCAGCAUCAACAUCAUCCGCAGGCUUUCCCUCAUCCAGAUCCAGACCAAGGCUGCUGGAGAUAGCUGGGAACGAGUUCGUGACAUGCCCUUCCCUCUCUGGCUGCAGGGUCAAAGUCUCCAAAUCCGCAUCGACAUCAAGGACAAUACAUACGAGGUUUAUGUUAAUGGUACCCACCUUUGCUCUGUUGACAACAAGUUCGGGAAUAAGGACAUUACUCACGUUCAAUAUGAUGUGGAUGGUGAUUCUCCUGCUUUGGCUGGGCAGUUGGAUGUGAUUACUGCGUAGUACUUUCCAUGGGCAUUGUUUCAAUUUCAAUAUUAAACUGCGCAUUAGCUUGCUUUAUUGGUUUAAAGCUGUUACAGCUAAACAUUCUUGUUGUUCUUUCACCGCAGCUUCAAUGAACAGACUCUAUGUGGCAUACACUGCUCCCCAUUUAUUUAUCCUCUAAUUCCGGAACAUAC